ACCACUGACUUGGAUCAAUACUUUCCAAAUUGAUAGAUCUGGGCUUGCAGAGUACCAGAAGUUAAAAUAUUGUGGAUUGUGGUUCAAUGAAAGGUGUUGAUAAAUCAAUGAAAGUCAUAAAUGUUUGGAGUGAACCCAGAGCAAUUGCAACUGUUUCUGACAAAUGAAUUUUGAAAAUGAGUUUAGUGACUACACUUCCAUAUGUUAAACCAUGGUUUGAUUCACCCUGGUUUAAUGAAUGAACUCCAUUUGACUAAGUUUAUAAAAUUUGUAGACUUACAGGGGAGUCUAGAUGAUGUCCUCUACCCUAAACCCCUCUCUAGGAUAAGAAUCCUUGGGUUUCUUAUGCUGUCCUUUGUUUGAAAACAUUCAAUGAUGGAACACCCAUAACUUUAGAAGGCAGGCUAUUUCCACCGUUUAAGAGCUAUUAUGAUCAGCAAACUAGUCCUUAUUUUGAGAUUGGAACUCUCUCUAAAAAACAUUGGUUGUUGCCCAAUUCUCAGGCAGUACAGAGAAUAAAUGCAUGACUUGUGAUGGCUCUUCAAGUAUUCAAAGACUGCUAUCAUGUCUCCCCUUUGUCUUCUCUUCUUAAGGCUUAGACAUAUCCAAUUCUUUUAACAUUAUUUCAUAGAGGUUAAUCUCCAGGAUUUCAUUGUCUUUGUUGCUCUUUCUCUACACACUCCCCAGUUUCUCAGCCGUCUUCUUUGUUUGGGGAAAGCAAACACCCAACCUCUAUUGCCAAUUGCUGUCGACUAAUGCUGUGGAUCACUUCCAUGGUUUUGACAUUAUACACUGUACCUCUGUACCAGCCUCUGCUGCUGUAGUCAAAAACUACAUUGGCUCUUUUGGCAGCUGCAGCACAGUGCUGCUUGUGCUUAAUUUGUGAUUUUCCAGAACCUUCUGCAACCACUGCCAAGCCAAGGUACCAAUAUGAGCAUCUCAAUUCACAUCCCUGAAUAGAAUUUUGCUAAACAGAACUCCACAUCUUUGAACCUUCAGUCUGUUUUGUGAGAUAGUAACAAUUUCCCGCCCCCCUCCAUCUCUUGUGUUAUCUGCAAAUAUGCUGAGCCCUCCCUUUUAUGCCCGCAUCUAUGUCAUUUGUAAAUAGGCUGAAGAGCACCGGGUGCAGGGCGGAACGCUGUGAGAUAUUCCACUGCAUAACCCUCUUUCAUGCAACCCAUACGAAAUAAUAUGGAAGCUUCACAUGUUUUCUGUGUGUUUUUUUUAGUACUGUGGUGCCCAUACAAUUUAGCCGUUCUGAUUAAAAAGCGUAGCAAAAGCAACCCACUCAAAUACUUUCCCCUAUGUCUUCAGAUAGCAGACGGGCUACUAUUAGCAGCAGUUCCCAGGGCUGCCUCAAAAGGAAAUCGCCUCCGAAAGCCGCAUCUUUCACAAGCCUUUUCUAGCGCGCACGCGCGAGCGAGCCACAAAAAAGGAGCAAGAUACUUUUUUUCUCCCACUCUGUCCAAUCAGAAUCGAAUAGAGGUUGGCUAAUCAUGAUAACUCCGCCCACUGGAUCAUGUUUUCCGGUUGUUAAGCUUGGACCUCUGAUAACGCAACGCUUCUGUGCGAAAGCAGCGCUUGUCAGAAAACAUCUGGUUUCUUCUGUGAAGAAGAAAGCAGAAACAUGGCCAAGGCAAAGAUUGUCGUCGUUGGGGCUGGUCUGAUCGGUUUAUCCACCGCUGUGUACAUUUCAGACUCCAUUACAAACUGCACUGUGUCUGUCAUGGCUGAUAGAUUUUCUCCUAACACGACCAGCGAUGUUGCUGCAGGGAUGCUUAUCCCACAUCUUUAUCCAGGCACACCUGUUGAUCAGCAGAAGCAGUGGUUUAGGGAGACUUUUGACCAUCUGUUAUCCAUCUGUAAUUCCUCAGAGGCCUCAGAAGCUGGGAUUCACUUGGUAUCUGGCUGGCAAAUAUUUAAGGACAUUCCUGAGGAGAAGACGCCAUUCUGGUGUGAUGUGGUUCUGGCCUUUCGCUCAAUGACUGAAAAGGAGCUGAAGAGAUUUCCACAGCACAAAUAUGGUCAAGCUUUUACCACACUGAAAUGUGACUGCCCAUCGUAUUUAAUUUGGCUGGAGAAAAGGCUGAAAGAAAAUGGAGGCCAGGUGCAUGCAAGGAAAAUAGAAGAUCUUUGGGAGCUACACCAUGAUUUUGACAUCAUAGUAAACUGCUCAGGCAUUGGUUCCCGAAAACUUACAGGGGAUCUAGAGCUAUACCCCACCAGAGGGCAAGUUCUCAAGGUUCAUGCUCCUUGGAUCAAGCACUUCAUUCGUGAUGGUGAUGGUUUGACCUACAUCUAUCCAGGGAUACAUAAUGUAACAUUAGGUGGGAUAAGAGAAAAAGACAACUGGAAUUUGUCCCCGGAUCCCAUUAUCAGCAAAAACAUAUUUGAUAGAUGCUCCACACUUGAGCCUUCACUUCGGACAGCUGAAAAUAUAAAAGUGAGGGUGGGCCUGAGGCCAUCUCGGUCAGCUGUGAGAAUACACAAGGAAGUGCUGACUCACAAGCGUGAGAGGUUGCUAGUGGUUCACAAUUAUGGCCAUGGGGGAGGUGGUUUUUCAAUACACCAGGGUACUGCCAAGGAGGCAACUCAGCUGGUUAAGGAGUGCCUUGAAACCCUGGCAAUACCUGGGUGUAAGGCAAAGCUGUAAGUAGGAAAGGAAUAUUUCUCUUUUGAUCCACUGGUCUAGCCGACUAGGAUUUUGGGUGUGAUGUCAAAUCUGGAGGAACGUCAUCCAGCUGAUUAUAUGUCAGUCACUUACCUAAUUGCUCAGUGUUUGUGGUCCUCUUAGGAAAACAUAAAGCACUAACACCGAAGGGAAGAAGGACCACCUGCUAGACUCCCCUGAUCAGGAAGACCCUAGCUUAGAACUAGCAACCUUCAACUUUUUGCAGCCAAUUCAUGGGAAGCGAUUGCCCCAGUUGUAUAUAUGUAUGUUACACUGUCAUGGAGUUCAUGUGUGGAUAUGGAGGUGACUCUUCAGUCCCAGUCUGGAAAUGCAGACUCUAUACCAAUGGGGCUACUGGAAGCCCAUCAUUGCAAUAACUGUGGCUGUUAAUUCUGUGACGGUGUUCAUGGUUUUCUAUCAGUUUUGGUGGCACCUGGCUUCAAAGCCUAUGCAAGACUUUGUAGUUCGUUCAUUACUCAAAACCAUUUAUCAAGAAGUCCUUUUUACCCAUUAUAGGCAUAGCCCUUUCACUUUUAGUUUCCCUGUUGUGAUUGGGCAACCGGUUGGGGUAUCAUUAUCUAAAGAAAAACCAGCUUUACCUCAUUUUAAACCCAGAUUGGGAAGCACUGGGUUAAAGUGUUGAAUUAGAGUCUCAGUGGCGCAGUGGUUAGAGUGCGGUACUGCAGGCUACUUCUGCUGGCUGCUGGCUGACUGUAAUUUAGCAGUUCA